UGGCCUACGCCACACUCCAUCCACUUCGUUUCCCUUCGAUCUUCAUUUCGCCACAAAAACCAUGUCCGCAUCCCGAGUAUAACAGGAGUCAGCGUCCCCACCCAUUUCCUGCUCAGUAGUCGAUGCCCACCUGGGCUUCAGGGCCACAUUCCGGUGCCAGCCGACAGUCCGACUUGCCUGGCCUGAAGAUGGGGCAACCGUGUUCGAUAAUUGGGACAUGCUGCGCAAGAUACCCUUGGUCUUGCUGGACUCAGAUUUCAAGCUUGCUGACGAGGAAGACGAAUCCGCGCGAUUCGGAGGUGGAGAGGGCGGGUGACUGGCCCAAGCGAGAGCGAGCACAUCCCCCAAAUUCCUUACGCGGACCCAGGCGUCGUCACCUUCGACGACAAGCACCAAACAACAAUGCACAAGGACAAUCAAUAGAUAAAUAGCAAGCACCGCGACGGCCAACUUGACCAGUGUCGUAUUGAA